UUAGCCGGUCGGAGCACACACGCCUGGCCGUGGGGCACCCGCAUAAAAGUCACAGCCAGCGGAGGUUGGAAGCAGCCGUCGACUUGGGCUUCGGCCGGAGGAGGAUGGAGUGACCAGCGCGGCCCUGGCCACACAGGCCCUGCUCCACGCCCCUCGCCCGCCCGCACCACGGAGGGGAGCUCCACUCAGCAGCUCCAGGAAAGCGCGCGCGGCGCGUGAAGCUGCCAUGGACCGCGGCCGCCCAGCGGGUAGCCCCCUCAGCGCCAGCGCCGAGCCCUCGCCUCUGGCCGCCGCCAUCCGCGACUCGAGUCCCGGGCGGACCGGGCCGGGGCCGGCGUGCCCCGGGGGCGGCUCGCGUUCCGGGAGCGGGCGGCCGGCGGCGGCGAAUGCGGCGCGGGAGCGCAGCCGGGUGCAGACCCUGCGGCACGCUUUCCUGGAGCUGCAGCGCACGCUGCCGUCCGUGCCGCCCGACACCAAACUGUCCAAGCUGGACGUGCUGCUGCUGGCCACCACCUACAUCGCGCACCUCACCCGCAGUCUGCAGGACGACGGCGAGGCGCCGGCGGACCCCGGGUUGGGCGCUCUGCGCGGCGAUGGCUACCUGCACCCGGUCAAGAAAUGGCCCAUGCGAUCAAGAUUGUACAUCGGUGCUACUGGUCAGUUUCUGAAGCAUUCUGUUUCUGGAGAAAAAACAAAUCAUGACAACACUCCAACAGGCUCACAGCCUUAGGCUCUCCCCUGGUGGGGGCUGGUAGAAGUGGUGGCUAUUGUUUUUAAAUACUAUGACAUAAUUCUAUAUUUAUUAUAUGAGACAUAACAAAAUUUCUGAAAGUUUACAUGUGAACCCAUAGUUGGAUGUUCAGGUUUAUCUGUCUAAAUGUGGAAUGAAAUAAUCAGUGUUAUAUAAAACACACAGCUUAUCUGUUCAGUGUGAGAGUCACUACUGUAUAGUGCAAGAGAAAUUAUUAGAAAAAAGGAGUCACAUGAAAGCAAACAAUUGUGUAUAUAGCUAAAUAAUGCAAUAUAGAUAUUGCUGUAGUGUAUCUAUUACAAACAGAAAAGUUCAUAUCUAUUGGUGCAGUCUUCCUAGUUUAAAAAGAUAAAAAUCUGUGUUUAUAAUAUACCAGUAUUCCUUUUUUGUGAAAACCAUACCGUGCUUAAGUUGGUCUAAGACGCCAUUUCAAAAUUGUUGCAGUAAUAUGAAGAUGCAAUAAAUUCAAUAAGUAGUUAUUUUUCCCUCUUAGAAAACUUGUUUGGAGUAUUAGAAAUGGUUUGCUCAGAGGACAGGGCUUGGUCACCUUCCUAGAGGGUUAUUCUGUAUCUUACAGUGUUUGCAACUUGUGGAAGGCACUGGGAAUCCCUGCAGUCCAGUGUGAACAGAAGACCAGGUGUCAGCGGACAGCAGACUUCACAAUGUAGGUGCAUGUCACCACACCUGGCUAAUUCUUUUAUUUUUUUUGUAGAGAUGGAGUCUCACUGUGUUGCCUAGGCUACUCUUGAAAUCCUGGCUCAAUAAAUCCUCCCGCCUCACCUACCAAAGUGUUGGGAUUAUAGGCAAGAGCCACCGUGCCUGGCCCAGUUUUAUUGUUUUAAUGUGAAUAUACUCAUAAUGUGACAGAAGCAUAUCUUUUUGCAAGAAAGAUAUAUGAUAAAAGUUCUCUACAUAUUAAUAUGUAGAAAAGUACUUGCAUAUUUAAAUAUUUGUAAACAUAUUUACCUACUCAUGGAAAGAAAUAAAAAGUAAAAUGAGAUUUGGAUUCAGACAUUCACUAUUAUAAGUUAUUGACAUAAGAAGUGCUAAAAAGAAUCUUUAUCCUAAGGAAUGAAAUCAAAACUUCUUUAAAGUUACCUCAAACUGAAUUGUAAACACUAAAUUUAACAGCAAGAAUUUCAGAAAAAUGAUUUUCUUGCUAAUAAUUCUUAAAAUUUAUUAGUUUGGCUAGUUUUUAAAGCAUUUAACUGGGGAAAAAACUAUGUGUUGAAUAAUUGGACUUCUAAGUCAUCCUGUUAAAUAGUUAGUAGAGCUUUGCCUUUGAUGGUAUUACUUUUUAAUUCUUCUCAUCCAGUUACAAGUUGUGUUAAUGCCAAAGAAGUGUAUUUGUUACAGAUUUUCAUAACAUUUUAUUAAAUUGCUAGAUACGAAGAUAGGUUUUGGUAUGUUGGAAAAUUACAGAGGAGAAAUUGCAUAUUUUCACUCAAAGAUUCAAAGGAGCAUGCUGUUUUAAUGCUUUAAUGGUGAAUGGUCAUAAGAGGUAUCAUAAAAAUAAAGUACUAAUUUGAAAAUUAGUCUGUUAAAUUUGUGUUUCUCUCUUUGGAUAUUUAACAAACACUGAAGCUACUUUUGAAAAUCUUUUUAGAUGAUAGAUACCUACUUGGUGUUAGCUUAUUUUUUACCAUGCUGUCUUUUUUUUUUUUUUUGAGACAGAGUCUCACUCUGUUUCUCAGGCUAGAGUACAGUGGCACAAUCUCCAGUCACUGCAACCUCCACCUCUUGGGUUCAAGCGAUUCUCCUGUCUCAGCCUCCUGAGUAAGUGGGACUACAGGCAUGUACCACCAUGCCUACCUAACUUUUGUAUUUUUAGUAGGAGACAGGGUUUCACCAUGUUGGCCAGGCUGGUAUCGAACUCCUGACCUCAAGUGAUUCGCCUGCCUCGGCCUCCCAAAGUGCUGGGAUUACAGGCGCGAGCCACGGUGCCCAGCCUCUGUUGUUUUUCGAGUUGGAGUAUCACUCUGCUGCCCAGGCUGGAGUGCAGU